UUAGUUCUUUGCGAGUGGCCAACGCGUUCGGUCGUCGUGCGUGGUCGUCUAUAAGUCUGGAAACCCCUCGAAAAGGCCCCUGAAAACCGGAGUCAAAUCGAAGUUAUAGCAACAGCUGAAAAAGUCGCUCAAGGAAGUGCAGCUGUAUAUUCUUUAUCUGCAGCCGAGUAUCUGUGCGCAUCCCGUGUUCAAAAGUGUUUGUGUGCGUGUUGGCCAGUUGAUUUCGGGCCCGUCAAACUGGGAGCGACAACCUAAUCAAUCAGUCACUCAAUAUGGCCAGUAUUUCUAAGAGCCGCGGCAGCUGCAGCUCCUCCAGAAACAGGCUGCAUCUUCAGCUGGGAUCUCCGCUGCUCUUCGUGAUCUUCGCCUGCCUGCUGGCUUCGUGCUCGGCUCAGCCAAUCGAGUCAACCUCGUCAUCUCCAGAAGUAGAAGAAGUGGCAGAUUCCACCACGGCACUCCCUAUCCAGUUGGAAGAGAGUUUAUCCACGACAGAACCACCGAUCCUGAAUGCAACAACUCCUGCUCAUCCUGUGGAAGAACCCAAGGAAGAGGAAGUUAAUCCUGCCGAUCCUGUUGAACCCACAGACAAUUUUGUAUCGGUUUACGGCGGAACCUUGGAACAGGAUAUCAAAAAUGAUGUGAACAGUGAGGUGGAAGAUGCGCUUUCUCCAGUGGAUCCAAUUAUCGAAGAAGUUCAAAAGGCCGCCGAAGCUGCACUCCAAAAUCAAGAGAUUGCUGUUUUAAGUGCUCGCGAACCCAAAACUCUUGAAUCUGCCGAGGAAAAGAAGCCCAUCCACAUCGAGGAGUCGGAGGAGGAGCAAGCGGAACCAGAGGCAGUCACAGACAAUAUUGCAGUGUCCAGUGAGCAACUGGAAAGUCGCAUCCGACCAUUGCCCAACGUGACCAGCGACCUGGUUUCCGUGAUCCUCAACGAAGAUCGAGCCAUCACCGAGCAGCCCAUCACCAAGACCAAUCUUUUGGCCCUGGAGCAGGAGCACGAGAGAUUGGAGGUUGACGAGGACAGCACUCCGGUGCCUCCGGCUUAUGAGGAGUCCAAGCACCAAGUGACCAAGAAACAGGGUGUGGAAGACCCGCUUCCCAUUGAAAUUGCACCGGAGGUGCCCGAGGAACCAGAGAUUCAGCCUUCCGAGGAACCCCAGGCUGCUCGUGAGGAUCGCAAAUUUGAGGAGUCCAACGACAAGCUAAAUGAGAUCAACGAAAACACCAUUGAAGAGGAUGAGACCCACACCAAAACUUCGACUUCACCAGCACCGUUGGUAAACGUGGAAACCACUAAAUCUUUUGUGGAGCCAAAUGAGGAGAUCGAGAAGAAGGUGGAAACCGAGGCCAAGGCGGAAAUGGAGGCUCAAGUGGAGGGCGUUACUCCUUCGGAAGAAACCAUUGUGGAGGCCGCAGAUCCUGAAGACAAGGAAUCUGAAGUUGCCGAGACAACCGAGGCGUCUGUUUCAGAAGUGGCCCAGAUAGGCGAAGAGGAACCUAAGGGAGAAGUUUUAGUAGAACAAGUCGAUCUUAAAGAACCCACAAUUCCUAUCCAGACAUCUUCAGAGGCGAACCAAGAAGAAAAUAUCACUGAGGAGCCAGUUAAAGACGUUAUCUUCCCCAACGUUAACAGUGACUCUGUGGAGGAGAAAGACAGCGAUGAAUCAGAUGAAAAAUCUGCUUCUUCGGAGGAGGAAAAAGAGCCUGUUGCGGAGGAAGCCAAGUCCGCUUCCGACGAUAGCACCGCCACUCCGCUGGUCUCCUAUCCUCCCCACGAUGCUGGCCAGACCUUCGAUAGCAACUCCGCUGAUGAGCACUCGGCCCAGCUCUCGGGACCCUCCAACUACCGGUCCACCCUGAUCAUAGCCCUGUGCUCCGGCACCGCUGUGAUAUUCAUCGUGGCCUCGCUGGUGAUCUUUGUGGUCUCGUUCCAGCGGCAGCACGGCACCUUGGACAUCGAGAUGCAGGAACAGCGCCUGGGCAAAGAUGUCCAGGACGAGGACAAUGUCCAAAUGAAGCUGCUCGAUGUGGAUCUCUCGACUCCCGUCAUCUUGCCCAUGGGCAACGAGGAGACCGACGAAUGCCUGUAGACCAUGAUCCCCGUAAAUGGUGCCCUGUAAAUAUUUAUUAACUUCGAGAUUGCGAGGACGAAAUGAGCAUGCUUUUCCGGCUGGCUGUUUAUUUUGGUUUCUAAAUUGUUGACUGAGAGCAGCUGCAAGCAAAUCAAACGAAUAAUCGAAUCGAAACGAAAUCAUUUGCCAUACUGUUUAAUUUUAAAUGCACCUUAGCCCCUAAGAUUUUUCAAAAGUUUGACAAAAAUAUUUAUAUUUAAACACUUUCUUUAUAGUUAAGCACAUUUUUAUUGAGUCUGAUGAGAAGUCAGAAUAAAUAUUUUCGAUUGAUAA